UUUUGUUUUACAGUCAAUAGAGAUUACCGCCAUUAGCGGGCUGAAUCUAAAAUAGUUAAUUUUUAAGUGGUGUAAUGAAGUGGUGAAUUGCCAAAUACUGAAUAGUAGUAUGCUUCGGAAUUAAUUUGAUGUGUUGCCGCGUUGGCAUAUGCCUUUUAUUUACGUAGCCCAGAUUCUGCAUACAUAUUUUUACGAAAGAACAGAAAUCCAAAGGUCGAUUCCAGUAAUUCCACUACACCCGUCAAGAAAUCUAUUUUCUCGAUAACUUUCCUAUUCCUUUCAGGAAUGGAGGACUUACAAGAGUCGACUCUAAAGAAGGUUGAGGUGACCGAUAGUACAAGUUCAUCAAGUUUCUUUGAGGGCUGUAAAGAUCUAGGCGUUUAUACUUUAGAAAACACUCGAAUCUCCAAACAGUCCAAACGCAGUCGAUACUUGUAUCCUGAUACUAAGAUUUGGCCUAUGGGUUAUGGAUUAAAUACUUAUGCAUAUAAACGUAAGCAAAAAAAAAGUCAAAUGAGUAAUGACGAUUUUGAUACAUUGCCAGAAGAAAUAGUACUAAAGAUAUUCCAAAUGAUGGACAAACGCACAUUACUAAAAUGUGCAUUUGUAUGUCAAAAAUGGCGACGUAUUUCAUAUGAUGAAUCCUUAUGGCAAUGUUUAAACAUACCUUCUCGUCGUAUGAGCAUUUUGACUUUAGAAAAUCUUCUUGCACGCAAUAUCAAGUACUUUUCUGCUUCUCAUUCAAAUUUCUAUAUUUUUGAAAACCAGUGUUUAUUUAAAACACAAUUUCCCAAAUUACAGUAUUUAGAUUUGAGCUCUGUGUUUAUACAUGUUAACACACUAGGUUCAUUACUAAGUCAAUGUUCUAAUUUGAUCAAAUUGAGUUUGGAAAACUGUUCUUUAGAUUCUUCAUGUUGCCAGUACAUUGGGAAAAAUACCAAUUUAAAAGUACUUAACUUAGCCUCAACAGUUGGUCUUGACCGCAAUGGCUUGGAACACAUAGUGUCUCUCCAGAAUUUAGAAGAAUUGAAUGUGUCUUGGGCAGAAAUGGAAGAUGAAAAUUUACAUUAUUUAAUAGCUAACAUGAUACCAAAUAUAAAACGUCUUAAUAUAAGUGGAUUUUUGAAACGGUUAGCAGAUUUUGAUUUGUCAAGGUUGAGUAGCCGUUGUGUUAAACUAAUUGAAUUAGACAUUAGUGAUAGCUUAGCUAUUACUGCGAGUAGUUUGGAUAAAGUCUUAGAGACAAACCAUGAAUUGAAAGUGUUGUCUAUUAAUCGCUGUUAUAAUAUUGAUCAGCCCAGACUUUUAAAUUUAACGGAACUUAACAGAAGGAGAAACAACUGUAUUAUGAAAUUGUACGUGGUGAAUUGUAUGGGCCUACAGCCUGGCCGAAUAUUGACUGAUAUAGCUUAUAACCCAGAUUUGAUUUUGGAUAUUAAUCCAGGGGUUUUCUCUGGUAUUAGCCGUCCAAAACUGGCUCAUAAUGAAAAUACUAUUUGGGAAAUCCCUGCUAUUGUAGACUGUUAAUACUUUAUUCAAGGUAUAAUUAUUAAUGUUCCAUUGCCAAUAUACUGUGAUUUAAGUUGUUACAUACCAUUAGAAUAGUUAUAUUCAUCUUUUUAUUAAUUCCAAUAAUCUUGGAAAAUUAACUAUUAUUAUUAUUAAUUAUAUAACUAUUAAUAUUAUUGAUUAUGUUGGGUAAAUAUUUAUGUCUUAUGAUUUUUAAUUUGGAUAUUUAAAACAUAAAAAUACAUCUUGACUGAUUGUUUU